UAAAAUAUGAAAUCUAUACUUAUUGAUGAUUUGCAAUUAUGUCACAGCGUAUCUUUAUGGUACCUGGAUCUUUUAAUAGCUUAUAGCAAGAAAUAAAGUUCUGUAUCGGCAGCUCAACCUUUGUAUUGUUGUUAAAAUCAAAAAAAAGUUCUUGAUGUACGAGUAAACCGGAGUAUGUUUGAUUUAUUUUUCAAGCAUCGCCAGUGAUUAUGGAAUUAAGUAAUGUCAUAUACUAUGUUAUACAGCUGUAAAUUUCUCUACUACAGCAGUAUCCAGUUUUUUAUGGUGAAUUGUUAUACGAUUUCGUUUAUGCUUCUCUUCAAUAGCCUUUAUUGUCAAAAAAGAGUAUAAUCUAGGCAUGGUUGUUCUGCAUUUGUCAAACGACAUAUUCUUGGCUUAUGAGUUUUAUUAUAACAUGUAACUUUUGAUUGUUCAUUGUCAUUUUAUGAAGCGUGAGCGAGCAACGAAUAUCACCUGAGAAAAGAAAAUAUUUAUUCUGGUAAUAAAAAUAGAAAUGAAGAUCAGACGACAAAUAGAGAUUAAACUUUAAAGUUUUUUUAAUGCUUCUUAUUUUCCCCCGUUUUACUCUAAGAUCAACAUGUCCGUAUUAAACAGAGUAAGUAAUAGCUAUAACUCGUAUACCGACCUUUUUUCAAAACUGGAGUCGUAAUGGAAAUGAUCGAAACAUUUUAGCAGUCCGCUUCUAGCAAAAUUACUGGUUCCGUUCCUGAAGGAAAAUUGCGAACGUUUUAGCAUAUAGUCGUUUUUCGCUUUUUUAGUAAAGUUUAGGUCUGCAGAACCACAAACACUUCUUAAUAGUUCUCUCAACGAACAGUAUCAACAGACUUCUUCUAAUGGUUAUCGGUCACGUAUAACUUUUUCUAUUGGAUUAAGUAUUCUUCUGUUUGUUUCAGUUAAAAUUUUGGGAUGGUAAUUCAGUUCAAAUAGCACCUCCCACAACUACUACCGUAAUAUUCAAAUACAUUCACAGUUAUCCAUAUCCCGUCUCUCUUAUGUAUUUCGUAGAGCAGUCAAUUUAACAGCAAGGGAGAGAAAAAGAAAGAACAAUGGGAUCGUCCAGCUGAGUUUGUUCUUUCGUUGAUUAGUAACAGUGUUGGUCUAGGAAAUGUUUGGCGUUUUCCGUAUUUAGCAUAUAAAAGUGGUGGCGGAGCAUUUCUCAUUCCAUACUUUACUUUGUAUAUCCUUAUAGGAUUACCAUUAUAUUACUUAGAGUUGGCAUUGGGACAAUUUAGUAGUCAAGGUCCGCCUCGCAAUUUUGUUUUACAUAAAAGUAAUGGUUUUCACGAAUUUGGUACACCUGUGAGGUGGAUAACAUUAUGUUUGCUGCUAGCAUGGAUUAUUAUUGCAUGUUGCAUUAUUCGGGGUGUUAAAUCAACAGGAAAAGUUGUCUAUUUUACAGCCAUAUUUCCGUAUAUUGUUCUGCUAAUUUUAUUGAUUCGAGCAGCGACGUUCGAAGGAGCCGUAACGGGUAUAAAAUAUUAUGUCACUCCAGACUGGUCAAAAGUCAGGGAUUUUCAAGUAUGGCGUGAUGCAGCUGGACAAGUGUUCUUUUCACUGAGUGUCGGAUUUGGUGCACUGGUAGCUUACAGCAGUUCAAACAAGUUUAAAAAUAAUUUUUUCUAUCAAUGUGUUUUGGUUGUCAGUUGUGAUUGUCUGACCGGUGUUUUUGCCGGUUUUACUGUUUUUGCAACAAUAGGCUUUUUGGCUGUUAAACUGAAAGGCGGUGAUAUAGAACGAGCAGCAGCUGGUGGACCAGGUUUAGCAUUUGUUGUUUAUCCAGAAGCUCUGUCGCAAAUGCCCGCCGCACCCGUGUUUUCCAUACUUUUCUUUUUGAUGUUGUUGGCCCUUGGACUUGGUUCUCAGUUUGGUGGAGCUGAUGUUAUUGUUACAGCCAUAUUACAGUUUUAUCCAAAGUUAAAACGAUGGAUGGUUGUUAUUACUGUUUGCGCUGUAUCGUUUUUACUGAGCUUGCCGUUUGUCUGUAACAUGACUACGACGAAAGGCGAAAUGACGGAGACUGACGAAACUCCUCGAUAUAUUCUAGCAUUUCGUUUGACGAAUUCACCAGAUACUCAUUGGGGUCCAGAAGAUAAUGAAAAUCGUACUGGUGCUCGCUAUCCACAAAUACUGCAACCACCAGUCACCGCACCAUAUGAGCUUGUGAUUGGUGUACAAAAUCCAACAUUCCAAACAGAUUUUUAA